AUGGUGGGUAAAUUGAUUGAGCAUAAUGAGUAUACUUUUCCAUUGUUAUUGAAAAUUUAUGCUGAGAUUAGGUUUUUGAAAGAAGGGGAAAAGGUUCAUGCCCGGGUUUUGAAACUUGGGUUGGAGUCUAAUUUAUGUGUUAAGAAUUCUUUGAUUCGCAUGUAUUCGUUUUGUGGGCAGAUUGCGAUUACCCGUGAGGUGUUUGAUGAUGGGUUUGUGUUGGAUUUAGUGACUUGGAAUUCGAUGAUUGAUGGUUAUGCGGGUGUUGCGGAAAUGGAGGUGGCGAGAGAGUUGUUUGAAAAGAUGCUGUUUAGAGAUCUUUUUUCUUGGAAUUGUAUGAUUGAUGGGAUGAUUGAAAGAACAGAGGUUAGGCCUAAUAGUGCUUCUCUUGUUAGCAUAAUGACAGCAUGUGCAAAUUUGAGGAGGCUUGAUAAGGGCUUGGGUAUGGAUUUGGCUAGAGAUGUUUUUGAUCAGAUGCCUGACAAAAAUGUGUUCUCAUGGACUUCCAUGAUCACAGGAUAUGGUAUGCACGGCCAUGUUGAGAAAGCCCUUGAGAUGUUCAUUGAUGUGGAGAAGAGAGGUCGAAUGCCUGAUGCUGCUACUUUUCUCAGUUGCUUAUCUGCAUGUAAGAAGGCAGGAAAGGUUUUUGAGGGGCUUAAGGGGAAGAUGCCUGUGCAGGCAGGGGCUGCCCUGUGGAGAGCUCUGCUUUCUGCAUGUAGGACCCAUUCGAAAUUAGGGCUUGGAGAGCUCAUAGCCAAGCGGCUAAUUGAGUUGGAACCGAUGGAUGUUGGGCCAUAUGUAUUAUUAUCUUACAUAUAUUCGGUGAAAGAGAAGUGGGGUGAAGUAGAAAUUAUUAGAAAGUUCAUCAAAGAUAGGGAAUUGUCAGAAACAAGUGCAUCACCGCAUCAGAGAACCAUGAUAUACUCUAUGUUGAUGGAGUUGGGCGUUCAGUUAAAACUGUCUUGUGGAGAUUCUUUUGGGGUUUAA